CGCCUAUCCCACACCUCUCUGGCUCCGCUCCUAUAAAAACCCAACGGCCUCCUUCCCCUCUAUUUCUCUAGGGUUUCCUCGCCACCGCCGCUUCCGCCUUCGCUGCCGCCGCCGCCGCCGCCGCAGCCAUGCCGUCCCACAAGACCUUCCGGAUCAAGAAGAAGCUGGCCAAGAAGCAGCGCCAGAACCGCCCCAUCCCCUACUGGAUCCGCAUGCGCACCGACAACACCAUCAGGUACAACGCGAAGCGCAGGCACUGGCGCCGCACCAAGCUCGGAUUCUGAGCGGGGGAAGAGAUGCCGGGCACCGAUGCUUGGGGAAACUCGUGAUUACGAGCCGGCCUCGGGACGCUUCCAUGAUUCCGCAUGCUAGGAAGCUGCUUGUUUAGAUUUUGCUUGUGUUAAAUUGAUCUUAUCAGUUGUUUCUUUAGCGAACUGAGAAUACCAUGUUUUGCUGAUGGUUGGAGAACAUCAUUUAUAAUUAUGCCGAAGCUAUCUUGAUCUGCCGUGCGUUAAUCAGUUGAUCUGGGCAGCUUUUU